UUUAAUAAAAUUGAUAAUUUUUUAUAUCAUGUUUUUAUACAAUGAAUUACAAAUUUUGUAUCGUCUCAUUUUAUUUCAUUUCUUUUCUUGUUAAUCGAAUCGUAAAUGGUGUUACAAACAAACAAUGACGAUUUUCAUGGGCAACAAGUUUAUAGUGAUCCAUAUAAGUUAAUAAUUUGGAAUCUUCGAAUGAAAUAUACCUAUAUAUCCCAAACUUGUAAUGUUUUACAUUAACGUUACAAGUGUAUUCUUUUUCAAUACACUUAUAGUAUUUUUUUAAAUAAUUAUAAAAAAAGCUAUUGGUUCGUGCUUAUUUAUAAUAAUUAUUUAUUUCUAAAUUAUUCCUCUUCUUCUUUCUUCAAUUGUUCAUAUUAAUUAGAUAUUAAAAUAAAGAACCAAAUCUCUACAAAUUUUUCUGUUAAAAAUUUAUUUUUAGGUUCUUGACAUAAAACCAAGAUUUGUUUCGUUGUACAGAUUCCACUAAUUAUUCUUUUCAUUUCAUGAAUUUUUAUUUAAUUAUUGACAUGUAUUAAUAAUAAAAGAUCUUCAAUAAAGUAAAGUUGCAAAUUUGUUUUUCGUGAAGUAAGAAUAAUUGCAUAAAAAAGUUGCGUAUUAAAGAGGAUAUUAUCCUUGAUGGAAGUUUCCGCGUAAGGGGAAAGGUAUAAAAUAGUAUAUGGAUAACUUGAACAAUUUUCAACGAGAUCUAUAAGUGUUUGACUACAAUUCUUUCUUUCUUUAAAGCGAAUAGAGGAAUGUAACAUCUGGAUAAAUACUUUUGUGUAGUUUGAGUUUAAAACAGCACAUCUAUAGUUAAAACAACCUUGCACGUAAAUGUAAUACAUAGAAAACUAUUUAUAAGCGAAACACCGUCAUCAUAUUAUUGCCCGAAAUAAGUUGCUCCACGCAAACAUCGCGGAACAUUUACAUGGUGUUACGAUUAUAAAUAUCAUCUACGAAAUUUAUUUCAUUUUAAUAAUUUUAACAAAGAAAGUAAUUAACCUAAAGUAUUUUUACGAGGACUUUUCUACAUUAAUAUUAAUAUUAAAUGUGUGUGAACGUUUGGUACCAAUUAACUUAAUGGAAUACUACAAAAAGCAUGUUUUUGCCAAUACAAAUGCCCAAUGAUGAAUAGCAACAUAAAUAUUUUAUGUUUAUGAACUUGUGAGGGUUUCGCUUUCGAUUUCAUUCGCACAUGUCUAUUGAGGAUAUAAUCGAAAGUGAGGAUAAAAUCGAACCGUUGGUAGAGGGGUAGAAAGCCGACGAGACGGACUGACAAAUAUAUCAGUCUUAUCCCACGCAGUGUUGAAGUAAGUGGUCUACCGGAGACAACGGAAAACCAGUCAUAAAAAUUUGCCUUGUGUGAACACACAGUCUGAUUGAAAGAUAUCUUUACACAUACUCUACUAUAUUUACUAUUUUAAUUAUUUCAUAGCCGUGUUUUACAUAAAAAAUUGAUACUCUUUUAUUUGAUAAGUUUUGAAUGAACUCGUGUAUCAAUAGUAUUCCUAAUGAUCCCUUACAUCAUUUAAUAAAAAGUGACGGUUUCUGUUUAUUAAUAUUUCUUCAAAUUCGAUUAUUUAUUCGGUAAUUCGUGUGAAAAAGGGCUGUUACGAAGUAUGACUGCUACCAGCUGUUAAAUUAUUUAAUUAAUUAUUAAAAAGUUAAUUAUUUAAAAGUGUAUCCAACAUUCAAUAUGCAGCGGGUACUUAGCUUUCAAAUGGUUCGUGGGGUUAACGAGUCUCGCGAGUUUGUGACAAAACGUAUGUGCUUUUCGUUUAUAUUAUCGAUCGGAUUUCUUACUUUCUUGGGUGGAUAUACACUUGGUCGUUUUGUCAUGAUAAGAGCUAUGGAAUUUCGUGCUGAAAAAAGGCGCCUUGAAUUAGCGGGAAACGGGCUAGAAAAUACGGAACAUCUCCAACGUUUCAUGCUCAAGCAACUGGAAAGGGCGUCUCUUGAUCCUGAUUUUGAAAUGAAAUGGGAUUCCUUCAAUUUAAAGGAAGAUGAUAUAUAUCAAGUGAAUAAUAUUCUAUCGAAUUUGUCGCUUAUUGAAAAGGUCGUCAAAUGUCAAUCGCACAUCGUGGCAACCGCUAGAGGAGCCAGAGAGCCUGAUAGGUACGUAGUUUUAUCUGCUAGCGGUGAAGGUGUCGGAAUCGCUUUAAAAUUGGCAAAAAUUUUCAAUCAAAUUCAAGAAGAAUGCACGUGGAAACCUCGUAGAUCUAUUAUUUUUUGUUUAUUCUCCGCAUCUUCAAAUCCUUGUCCAGAAAUAUUGUCCAGCUUUCUGCCUCACAAGAUUGUGGCUUAUAUUGUAGUAGACCAUCAAGCUUUACAAGGUAAAGGCCACUUUAUUGUAUCUGGAUCGGAUAUUGUACAGUUUAUGGUUUUAGAAUCUGCUAGCAUUGUAAAAGACUGGUUUUCUUAUGACAAUCAGUUAUUGUCCUCAAACAGCACAUUUUACAAUGUUACAACUUCCCGGCUAGCUUUGGACAUACCUCAUGCAGUACUCUCUUAUGUGAAUAAUAAUAUCACAUGCAAUGAAGAUCAUCAUGAGAGGGAAUUGCAUAAAAUAAUUUUAGCACAAAUAGUUGGUCAAACUAUUUGGAAGUUCUCUGAAUCUUUAAUAAUAAAAUGGAACCCUAGUUAUUUUAAUAACACUGCCCUUGACAUAUUAAAAUCUAUAAACAAUACUGAAUUGUUGGAUGUUAAAGAGAAAGUACAACAAACCUUGGAUAAAUUGUUAACUAGCAUUAAAAUUUGUAAUAAAAAAAUUGAUACAGUUGACAACAUCAACACACUUGACACAAGGAUACUAAAUGAUUUAAUGAUGGAUUUGGAUAGAAUUCUUCUAUGUCCUGAUAAACAAAAUCAAUCCAGAACUGAUUGGUCAAAAUUUUUUAGAUUGAAUCAUGAGCCUUCAGACAAAAUCAUAAUGUACAUGAACGAAGUGGUGAAGUGUUAUGAGAAUGCUAUACAAUUUUUACAAGAUCGAUAGAAAAAAUAUAAAAGUACAAAACAUUAGAUA